GCCCGAGGCCCCGGACGGCUGGCGCGGGCGUCUCGGCACGUCCGCAGGCUCGGCGAGGAAGUGGCGGCCGCUGAGAGGCCGGAGAGCCGAGGGCGGGCCUGGGAGGCGGCCGGGAGGUGGGGCGCCGGUGGGGGCCGGCCGGCGCGGGCUUCAUCUGCGGACGCACGGCCUGCUCCGGAGUGCCUGGUUCUCCCAGGCGCCCGGCGACGAGCGGCUAGAGUGGCUAUGGGCUGCCGCUGGGGCUUCCUGAUCGGCCUCCUGGGCGCGGUGUGGCUGCUCCGCUCGGGCCACGGCGGGCAGCAGCCCCCGGAGACGGCGGCGCAGAGGUGCUUCUGCCAGGUUAGUGGUUACUUGGAUGAUUGUACCUGUGAUGUUGAAACCAUUGAUAGAUUUAAUAACUACAGGCUUUUCCCAAGACUACAAAAACUUCUUGCAAGCGACUACUUUAGAUAUUACAAGGUAAACCUGAAGAGGCCGUGUCCUUUCUGGAAUGACAUCAGCCAGUGUGGAAGAAGAGACUGUGCUGUCAAGCCUUGUCAGUCUGAUGAAGUUCCUGAUGGAAUUAAAUCUGCGAGCUAUAAGUAUUCUGAAGAAGCCAAUAAUCUCAUUGAAGAAUGUGAACAAGCUGAACGACUUGGAGCUGUGGAUGAAUCUCUGAGUGAGGAAACGCAGAAGGCUGUUCUUCAGUGGACCAAGCAUGAUGAUUCCUCAGACAACUUCUGUGAAGCUGAUGACAUACAGUCUCCUGAUGCUGAGUAUGUAGAUUUGCUCCUUAAUCCUGAGCGCUACACGGGUUACAAGGGACCAGAUGCUUGGAAGAUAUGGAAUGUCAUCUAUGAAGAAAACUGUUUUAAGCCACAGACAAUUAAAAGGCCUUUAAAUCCUUUGGCUUCCAGUCAAGGGAAAAGUGAAGAGAACACUUUUUAUAGCUGGCUAGAAGGCCUCUGUGUAGAAAAAAGAGCCUUCUACAGACUUAUAUCUGGCCUCCAUGCAAGCAUUAAUGUGCACUUGAGUGCACGAUAUCUUCUACAAGAUACCUGGUUAGAACAGAUAUGGGGACACAACAUCACAGAAUUUCAGCAGCGGUUUGAUGGAAUUUUGACUGAGGGAGAAGGUCCAAGAAGGCUAAAGAACUUGUAUUUUCUCUACUUAAUAGAAUUAAGGGCUUUAUCUAAAGUGGUGCCAUUCUUUGAGCGCCCAGAUUUUCAACUCUUCACUGGGAAUAAAGUUCAGGAUGCAGAUAACAAAAUGUUCCUACUGGAAAUUCUUCAUGAAAUCAAGUCAUUUCCUUUGCAUUUUGAUGAAAAUUCAUUUUUUGCUGGGGAUAAAAAAGAAGCAAACAAACUAAAGGAGGAAUUUCGACUGCAUUUUAGAAACAUUUCAAGAAUCAUGGAUUGUGUUGGUUGUUUUAAAUGUAGACUAUGGGGAAAGCUUCAGACUCAAGGUUUGGGUACUGCUCUGAAGAUCUUGUUUUCUGAGAAACUAAUAGCGAAUAUGCCAGAAAGUGGGCCCAGUUAUGAAUUUCAUCUAACCAGACAAGAAAUAGUAUCAUUAUUUAAUGCAUUUGGAAGAAUUUCUACAAGUGUGAAAGAAUUAGAAAAUUUCAGGAACUUGUUACAAAAUAUUCAUUAAAGAAAAUUAGUUGAAAUGUGCCUGUUUCUGGACAAUGGAGCUCAAAGAGUAGAAUUUCAUUCAAAGGCAUAAUAACAGUGAGAGUCUUAAGGCAAAUAUUUUAUAAAGCUGCUUUUGUAAAAGGAGAAUUAUAUUGUUGUAAGUAAACAUUUCUAAAAAUUGUGUUAAGUCUAUGUAAAAUAUUGUGAGUAAAAGUAAUACUUUGGUAAUGUACAAAUUUUAAAAUUUAAUAUUGAAUAAAAUCAGGAUUAUUAAAUU